AUGAAGAUGAAUAUGCGAUGUUUCUUUAAAACCUUGCUUUAUAAUAAAAAUGUACAAUGUCCAGAUUCAAGAAGAUUUCUGAGCUCAAAAGAGGCUAUAGAACGACGUCAUCACCUAUUCAUGCUGGAGAAAAAACGGCAGAUAGAAAAAGUGGGACGAAUUGAAAAGAUAGAAGUAAAUUAUAAAGGCACACCAAAGGAAUGUACCCUUGUAAUGAACAAGAAUAUUUCUACUCCGUAUGACUGCGCAAGACAUAUGAGUGAAUGGCAUGCAGACAAUAGUGCUUUGGCAGUUCUCGAUGGAACAGUAUAUUGGGAUAUGCACAAACCCCUUACAGAAAACUGUACUUUAGAAUUUCAAAACUUCACUGUAGCUGAGCCCCAGCAAGUCAAUAAAGCAUUUUGGAGGUCCUGUUCUCUUGUUCUUGGAGCUUGUGUGACAGCUGCAUUUAAAGACAGUGUGCCUGUCAAACUGCACAGUUUUCCCGGACCAGAUAUUCGAAGUGGCUCAUUUAUAUAUGAUGUAGACCUUCCAACACUCUCUGACUGGAAACCAACUCCACAGGAGAUGCAUACUCUUAGUGCUGAAUAUGUAAUAUUGACGAGAAAGGGUCUACCAAUAGAGAGGCUGGAUGUGUCUGAGCAGCUGGCACUAGAAAUGUUCAUAGAUAAUGAACAUAAGAGCAGCCAAAUUCCGAGCAUAGCCAGAGCUAAUGGUAAAGUGACUUUGUACAAAGUUGAUAAACAUGUGGAUAUAUCAAAAGGCCCAAUGAUUAGUCAUACUGCGCAGAUUGGAAAACUAGCUAUUACUUCCGUACACAAGUUAAGUGGGAGUCCAGAUAGUGAUGUAAAGCAAUUAUAUCGUUUCCAAGGUGUUGCGUUGCCCACGGGGGUAAUACUUAACCAUUUUGCCUUCUCCAUACUUAUAGAAAGGGCUAAGAAACUGAACUCUGCGCGCUCGCCAAUCAGCCCAUUUACAGACCGCGAACCACAGAGCAUAGCAGCAAAUGCUUAA